AUGAGCAUCGACAUCCACACCACGACCCAACAGGGCGUACGCAUUGCCGUAGAAGGCUGUGGUCAUGGCACACUCAACGCCAUUUACGCCGCCACUGAAAAAUCGGCCAAGGAACGCGGGUGGGAUGGCGUCGACCUCCUCAUCAUCGGAGGCGAUUUCCAAGCCGUCCGCAAUGCUGCUGAUCUUAACGCCAUGUCCGUACCCAAAAAGUAUCGCGAACUCGGUGAUUUCCACGAGUAUUACAGCGGCGUCCGGAAGGCGCCAUACCUGACCAUCUUCGUCGCCGGCAACCACGAGGCUGCUUCGCACUUGUGGGAGCUGUACUACGGCGGCUGGGUGUGCCCUAACAUCUACUACAUGGGCGCCGCCAAUGUGCUUCGGUUGGGUCCCCUGCGCAUUGCGGGGAUGAGUGGUAUCUGGAAGGGAUACAACUACCGCAAGGCGCAUCACGAGCGCCUACCAUUCAACGACGACGACGUCAAGAGCUUUUAUCACGUCCGCGAGAUCGAUGUUCGCAAGCUGUUGCAACUGCAAACCCAGGUGGAUAUUGGCAUUAGCCACGACUGGCCAAGGGCCAUCGAGAAGCAUGGAAACACCAAACACCUCUGGAACAUGAAGCCGGAUUUUGAGAGGGAGUCGGCUGAUGGAUCGCUGGGAAAUCAGGGGGCGGAGUAUGUGAUGGAUAGGCUGAGGCCACCUUACUGGUUUUCGGCGCAUCUGCAUUGCAAGUACUCGGCUAUCAAGACGUAUGAUCCGCCGAAGGAGACGACUAGCGAGGGAGGAGAGACAGCGAAACUAGAGGAGACAGUCGUUCCUCAGCCCCAAAAGCAGCAGCCUGCGCCAGCGCCAGCGAACCCUGACGAGAUUGAUCUUGAUAUGGAGGACAAACCCGCGCCAGUACCCCAGCAACCGGCAGCACCUGUAACAGCGACCUCAAACCCCGAUGAGAUUGAUCUUGAUGAGGAUGAAGUUACGCCUACAGCACCUUCACAACCCGCCCCCACAUCGGCAGCCCCCGCCGCCGCCGUCACCGAAGAAGACCCAACCGAAGCUCUCCGCUCUCUCCUCCCAGCGUCCUUUUCGAAUCCCAACCCCCAAUCCUCUUACAACGCCCAACCCCACGGCGGAAACAGCAAUAAGCCUAAACCCGGCCAACCAGUUCCCCCAACAAUAACCAACACCACUGUCCGCUUCCUUUCCCUCGACAAAUGUCUUCCCGGCCGCAAAUUCCUCCAACUGGCCGAGAUCGAACCCAUCAACCCUUCAACCGAAGAACUACAACGUCCCCUCCGCCUCUCCUACGACCCAGAAUGGCUCUCCAUUACCCUCGCCUUCCACCCGCUCUUCCGCUCCGCCGUCGGCAAACACUGCCCCUCGGACCCCAACGCCCCCAUUCCCGUGGACCUCGGCGAAGCUGGCUACAAGCCUUCAAUCGAGGAAGCUCGGAAAUGGGUAGAUGAGAACAUUACGGGCGAUAAGUUGCUAGUACCGGAGGAUUUCGUGCAGACGGCGCCGCCGAUUGAUUUGGUUAACAGGCCGGAAACGGGAAAUAUGACGGAUGAGAUGCCGGUGGAGUAUACGAAUCCGCAUACGGCCGAGUUUUGUCGGUUGUUGGGGGUGGAGAAUUAUUGGGAUGCUAGUGAGGAGGAGAGGGAAGGGAGGAGGGCGCAGGGGCCGAGGCCGAUGGCGGAGAGGUUUGGUGGACGUGGUGGUGGGCAUAGAGGUGGUGGACGCGGCGGUGGUGGGGGAGGAGGAGGAGGAUGGAGAGGCGGACGUGGAGGGCGAGGAGGUGGAGGAGGAAGGGGAGGAGGCGGUGGUAGGGGAAGGGGUAGGGGACGCGGUGGAUGGUGA